UGUACUACAGGGGGAGCAGCCUCUGUUGCCUUGUUAUAGUGCAGCUGGAGCAGCCUGUGAUGCAGCAUUAUGGGCUGUGUAGCAGGGACAAUCCAGCUGUGAGGAGCGAGAGGUGUUAUUACAAGGCGCACUAAGAAUGGUAAAGGACAAGAAUCAUAAGACUGAAGGAUAAUAAAUCUCACACUGGAAAUCAUCUACCUGCUGACUGGGGAGGGUUACACAGUAGUGAAGAAGACGUCCAGUGAGUGUGAGACACCCAGCAGCCAUCCCUGUGUGUCAGGAGCACUGAGCAGGACCCAGAGCCUCAUCACGGGGCCUCCACCUCACUUACUGAUACAUGAGAGAGACAAUGACCAGAAGAUCCUGGAACUCACCAACAAGAUCAUUCAGCUGCUGAUUGAAGAGGAGGGGGAGUAUAUAGAGGAACACAGGGGUCUGUACAAGGACGUGAUGAUGGAGAAUCACUGGCCCCUCACAUCACUGGAUGGGCCCAGUAACAGAGAUACCCCAGAGAGAUGUCCCCGUCCUCUGUAUUCCCAGGAUUGUACAGAGGAGAAUCACAGGACCCCACAGGAGGAUCAGGGGGAACAGCUGACUGAUAUGAAGAUAAAUGAUAUAGACAGAGAAGAAGAGACGUAUGUGACUGAUAUGAAGGCAGAAGAUAUAGAGGGAGAAGAAGAGACGUAUGUGACUGAUAUGAAGGCAGAAGAUAUAGAGGGAGAAGAAAAGACGUAUGUGACUGAUAUGAAUAUAAAUAAUAUAAAGGGAGAAGAAGAGACGUAUGUGACUGAUAUGAAGGCAGAAGAUACAGAGGGAGAAGAAGAGACGUAUGUGACUGAUAUGAAGGCAGAAGAUACAGAGGGAGAAGAAGAGACGUAUGUGACUGAUAUGAUGGGAGAAGAUAUAGAGGGAGAAGAGACGUAUGUGACUGAUAUGAAGGCAGAAGCUAUAGAGGGAGAAGAAGAGACGUAUGUGACUGAUAUAAAGGCAGAAGAUAUAGAGGGAGAAGAGACGUAUGUGACUGAUAUGAAGGCAGAAGAUAUAGAGGGAGAAGAAGAGACGUAUGUGACUGAUAUGAAGACAGAAGAUACAGAGGAAGAAGAAGAGACGUAUGUGACUGAUAUGAAUAUAAAUAAUAUAGAGGGAGAAGAAGAGACGUAUGUGACUGAUAUGAAGGCAGAAGAUACAGAGGAAGAAGAAGAGACGUAUGUGACUGAUAUGAAGGCAGAAGAUACAGAGGAAGAAGUAGAGACGUAUGUGACUGAUAUGAAGGCAGAAGAUACAGAGGAAGAAGAAGAGACGUAUGUGACUGAUAUGAAGGCAGAAGAUACAGAGGAAGAAGUAGAGACGUAUGUGACUGAUAUGAAGGCAGAAGAUAUAGAGGGAGAAGAAGAGACGUAUGUGACUGAUAAGAAGGCAGAAGAUAUAGAGGGAGAAGAAGAGACGUAUGUGACUGAUAUGAAGGCAGAAGAUAUAGAGGGAGAAGAAGAGACGUAUGUGACUGAUAUGAAGGCAGAAGAUAUAGAGGGAGAAGAAGAGACGUAUGUGACUGAUAUGAAGGCAGAAGAUAUAGAGGGAGGAGAAGAGACGUAUGUGACUGAUAUGAAGGCAGAAGAUAUAGAGGGAGAAGAAGAGACGUAUGUGACUGAUAUGAAGGCAGAAGAUAUAGAGGGAGAAGAAGUGAUGUAUGUGACUGAUAUGAAGAUAAAUAAUAUAAAGGGAGAAGAGGAGACGUAUGUGACUGAUAUGAAGGCAGAAGAUAUAGAGGGAGAAGAAGAGACGUAUGUGACUGAUAUGAAGGCAGAAGAUAUAGAGGGAGAAGAAGAGAUGUAUGUGAGGGGUAAUCAGCAGUGUACGGAGGAGGAAAUCCCUACAGAUAUCAGCACAGCAGAUGGAGGCACAAGCAGGAAUACCCCAGAGGGAGAUCACAUAUUGUCUCCACAUUGUGAAAUAGAAGAUAACAUCACUCAGGAUUCUCCAGGAGACAAUCCUGUUACUCUAUAUAUACACCCAGUACCUCACAGUGCAGAUAUAGCAUCUGAUCCCUCUAAUCAUGAGGGAUGUUCUACUGAUAUCUCCAGUAAUACUGCACACAGUACAGCUCACAGAGGUGAUAACAUGUUUCCCUGUUCUAAGUGUCUGAAAUGUUUCACAUGUAAAUCACUUCUUGGUAGACAUCAGAUAAUUCACACAGGUGAGAAACCAUUUCCAUGCACUGAGUGUGGGAAAUGUUUUAUACAGAAAUCAAAUCUUGUUAUACAUCAGAGAAGUCACACAGGUGAGAAACCAUUUCCAUGCUCUGAGUGUGGGAAAUGCUUUACACAUAAAAUAGGUCUUGUUAAACAUCAGAGAACUCACACAGGUGAGAAGCCGUUUCCAUGCUCUGAGUGUGGGAAAUGUUUCACAACGAAAUCAGAGCUGGUUGUACAUCAGAGAAGUCACACAGGUGAGACACCAUUUCCAUGCUCUGAGUGUGGGAAAUGUUUUACAGUGAAAUCAUCUCUUACUAUACAUCAGAGAAAUCACACAGGUGAGAGACCAUUUCCAUGUUCUGAGUGUGGGAAAUGUUUUAAAAAUAAAUCACUUCUUGUUAGACAUAAAAGAAGUCACACAGGUGAGAAAGCAUUUCCAUGCGCUGAGUGUGGGAAAUGUUUUACACAGAAAUCAAAUCUUGUUAUACAUCAGAGAAGUCACACAGGUGAGAGACCAUUUCUAUGCACUGAGUCUGGGAAAUGUUUUACAAAUAGAGCCGCUCUUGUAAGACAUCAAAAAAUAUAUAAAAGAUGAGCAGAUGAACUCAAUACACUCCCUUAGGUGCCGUCUGUACCCCGCACCCACAAAAUCGCUGUAAAACGCAAUACUACUCUGUAAGAUUCAAUUUAAUAAAUCUCAAUGCCCGACUGAA